CGCUACUCGUCUGGCACAAACAUACCAACACACACAGCUCAAAGAAGCCAAGAACCUCUAGUUUCUUGCUCGAAUCCAGCAUCUGAACAUCAUCACACACGUGCCGCUGAAUUGAUCAAGGCAACAGCAAUGGGUGAGCUGAUCCCUGGGUUGCCGGAGGAGGUGGCGAGGGAGUGCCUCGUCCGGGUGGGCUUCGACCAGCUGCCGGUGGUCCGCCGCAUCUCGCGCCAGUGGAAGUCGGAGGUGGAGUCGCCGGACUACAACCGUCUGCGAAGGGCGGAGGGGCUGGCUCGGCCGGUGCUCGCGUUGGUCCAGGCCCAGCCAGCAGCGCCGGCGGAUGACGCAGGCCCGGCGCAUAAGCACUCGCCGGGCGCCGGCGCGAGGGCUGGGGCGGGAGGCCCCGCGAACUCCUAUCGGAUGGUGCUUCUUGACCCGGUGGAGGGGCGGUGGGCGCCCCUGCCGGCGCUGCCCGGGCCGACCGGGAGUCUGCCCCUGUUCUGCCAGGUGGCCGCCGUGGACAGCGGAGGGCAGGGGAGGAAGCGGCUCGUGGUCGUCGGCGGCUGGGAUCCGGAGACGUGGGCGCCCAUGGACUCGGUGUUCGUCUACGACUUCCUAACGGGCGUGUGGGAGCGCGGGGCGCCCAUGCCCGGCCCGCGCCGGUCGUUCUUCGCCUGCGCGGCCGUCGGAGGGACCGUGUACGUCGCCGGAGGCCAUGACGAGGAGAAGAACGCGCUGCGGUCGGUGCUGGCGUACGACCCGUACGCCGACACGUGGGCCCAGCUCCCGGACAUGGCGGCGGAGCGUGACGAGCCGCGCGGGCUCUGCGCCGGCGGCAGGUUCCUCGUCGUCGGCGGGUACCCGACGCAGGCGCAGGGUCGGUUCGCCGGCUCUGCCGAGGCAUUCGACCCGGCGACGUCGGCAUGGGCCCCCGUCCAGGAGGGCCUGCUCGAGGAAAGCGUGUGUCCGAGGACCUGCUGCGCGGCGCCAGGGACAGAGCGCAUGUACAUGCUCCGCGACGGGCACCUCGUGGCGCGCGACGGCGCCGCGUCGUGGCGACCCGUGGCCCAGGUUCCGGAGGACGCGCGCACCGCGGCAACCGUCUCCGCGAUCCCGGACGACCGUGUCGUGGUCAUCGGCUCCGGGUGCUACGGCGGCGACCAGACUGUGUACGUGCUCCGGGAGGAGGCCGGGAAGGGCGCGUCCUGGGCGCGCGCGCUGGCGCCGCCGGAGUUCUCCGGGCACGUCCAGGCCUCCUGCUUCCUUGAAAUCUAAUGUGUACAUAUCUACAUAACAAGAACCACCUAUACGUAUAUACACAUGUAAUGAAAAGAGAAAAGUUUAAGAACAGUACCAGGAUAUGUAAUGAGUAAUGUACUACAAAUGUUUGAGAAGCGAGUGAAGUAUCAAUGGCAUUGAGGUCUGUGUUAAUCA